CGUCGUCUUUCUGGUCCAUUGUAAGACUUGGAAUAGCACAACGCAGAAAGCCUCCAUUACCGUACAGUGCUCGCAGACCUGAGAGGCUGAGACUGUGAGGAUUUGUAGGUGGUGAAGUGUAUGUGUUGGUGUGGGUGCGGGAAGUCCUAUAAAAGCUGUAUUUGGGAGAAUAAAGAGUAUAUAAGACAAUGAGUGGUGCGCAACUGCAAAGUGCUUCCCCUGCCUUGAUCAUACAAGGGUCACAGAAAAAUGAAGGUUCAGUGGCUGUGGCAACUGCUGCAGAGUCAAAGCCAAAGAAGAAAAUCUGCUGUGCUUGCCCGGACACUAAAAGGUUGCGAGAUGAAUGCAUAGUAGAGCAUGGUGAAUCAGCCUGUACAAAGUGGAUUGAGGCUCAUCGACUGUGCCUCCGUGCUGAGGGAUUCAAUGUUUGAGGUUGAUAAUGAGGAAAAGACAUUAGUAGAUUAACUCAGUUGAUUUUAUGAAAUUGAUAAAAGAUUUUGGGUUGCAAUUUUCAGGUUGACAGUUGAAAUUUUGAAUAAAAGCAGGGAAAUUGAUUGCUACAAGCAAUUCAUAAUUUUUGAACCAGCAGGUUCUACACUGUUAGUUUUGUUGAGGCCAAAAUAUUUAAAUGAAAUUACAAAUUGUCAUAUUGUCACUUUCCUGCUGUGUUUACUUUUUGUUGUGGAGUGUAGUGGUUAUUUAUUUUACACAAUUUAAUUGGUUGGCAGAAAGGUGCUGUUAAUCAAUAAAUCCCCUUGCAUUUUUUUCUACUAUUUUUCUUUUUUUGUCCUUUUCAUGGAGGAGCAACUAGCAAGCAUAGUAUUUUAGCUACAGGUUUAGGAAUUGUCAUUGUUUCUCAUUUUUAUUAUGUGUUUCACUAGAGUAAGGAGUAAGGUUUGCAAUGCUUUUGUUCUGAACCUAAACCAAAUUGUUUGCUAGAUAUACCAUUUCAUCACGAAGCAUAGGUAAUUAUAUAUGUCUGAGCAUCUUUAGAUACCUCGUUUCAAGUGUAUUGGAUGAGCAAUCUAGGUUGAAUAUCAUUUCUGUGCUUGGCUUUGGCAACUGAUUCAAUUUGUCUGUAAGUUAAUGCAGUAAGAAUCAUCUACAGGAUACAGAGGAGCAAAGAUGUCGAGAUCAAGAUGACACAGGGGUGUAUGAAUGACACGGGGGGUCUGCAGGAAGUAAACACCACAAGGUCCAAGAGGAAGAAUGCACCUCCAACUUGCUUAAGGAACGUACAACAUGGUUGGCAUCAUGCAUCAUGCAUACAUGCACCGCACAUAGGAAAAGCGCAAACCAUAUGAUAGCAUCGUGUCUUCUAGAAGAUGUGUAGGUAGUGGAAUAAAGGCAUAUUUGCUGUUAGGAUAUUUCUGAUUACCUUUAUCUUUUCCGUUUUUGCUUGUC